UAUAAAUACAUAACCAAUCCCUUCCACUUUUUCGCUAGCACACACACAAACAACUCUCUCCCCCAAAGCAUUCUCGAUCGAAAACAAAGAAAUUAAAAGAUAUUUUUUCUGAAUUUUAAAUGGCGGAAAAGCAUUUCAAGUAUGUAAUUGUUGGUGGUGGUGUUUCUGCUGGAUAUGCAGCUAAAGAAUUUGCUGCUCAAGGUCUUAAUGCUGGUGAAUUGGCUAUUAUCUCCAAAGAGGCGGUAGCUCCUUAUGAACGUCCAGCUCUUAGCAAGGCCUACCUUUUUCCUGAAUCACCUGCCAGACUUCCAGGUUUCCAUGUCUGUGUUGGUAGCGGGGGCGAGAGGCAACUUCCCGAGUGGUAUACUCAGAAAGGCAUCGAGUUGAUCCUUAACACCGAAAUAGUGAAGGCUGAUCUUGCUUCCCAGACUUUAACUAGUGCAGCUGGAGCAACCUUCAAGUAUGAUGUAUUGCUCAUUGCUACUGGUUCCGCAGUUAUUAGGUUGUCUGACUUUGGCGUUCAAGGUGCUGAUGCCAAGAACAUCUUCUAUUUGAGAGAAGUUGAUGAUGCCGACAAACUAUAUGAAGUUAUCAAGUCAAAGACAAACGGCAAAGCUGUAAUUGUUGGAGGAGGAUACAUUGGUCUUGAGCUUUCUGCGGUGUUGAAAAUGAAUAACAUGGAUGUUACUAUGGUUUACCCCGAGCCAUGGUGCAUGCCUCGUCUCUUUACUGCUGAAAUAGCCAAUUUUUAUGAGGGUUACUAUACUAAGAAAGGAGUCAAUAUUAUUAAAGGAACUGUUGCAGUUGGAUUUGAUUCUGACGCCAAUGGAGAGGUAAAGACGGUAAAACUGAAGGAUGGAAGAGUGCUGGAUGCUGACAUUGUAGUCGUCGGUGUUGGUGGAAGACCUCUUACAGCUCUAUUCAAGGGCCAGGCUGAAGAGGAGAAAGGUGGACUCAAGACUGACACUUUUUUUAAAACAAGUGAUCCUAAUGUAUACGCUGUGGGUGAUGUCGCUACCUUCCCAAUGAAAUUGUACAAUGAGAUGAGAAGAGUUGAGCAUGUUGAUCAUGCCAGGAAGUCAGCAGAGCAAGCUGUGAAGGCUAUCAAGGCCUCUGAAGAAGGGAAGACCACAGCAGAGUACGACUACCUCCCCUACUUCUACUCUCGUUCAUUUGAUCUGUCGUGGCAAUUCUACGGUGACAAUGUUGGGGAAACCGUAUUGUUUGGUGAUAAUGACCCUUCAUCAACAACACACAAAUUCGGAACCUACUGGAUCAAAGACGGAAAGGUGAUUGGGGCAUUCUUUGAGAGUGGAACACCAGAAGAGAACAAGGCUCUGGCUAAGGUUGCUAGGGCUCAACCUUUGGUUGAGAAUGUCGAUCAACUUACCACAGAAGGUAUUAUGUUUGCAUGUAAGAUUUGAAAAGAACAAUCACCAAGUCCCUGAAGAUGAUAUUAGACUACUAUGUUUGUGAGUAAGAAAUAGUAUUACUGUGUUCAAAUAAUAAGAACUUCUGUGUUCUAACUUUUGCUUUGUAACUUUCGUUGAUUCAAUUUAAAAUUGCUUUAAACUUUGAAAUGAUCA